AUGGUGAUGGCAUCUAUAACCGUAAAGGCUCUUGUUGCCCUCGCUUUGAUCCAGUCGCCCCUGGUCGUUGGCAUACCGACGGCUCCGGGGAUUCCGUCGGCGUCGACAGCCAAAACCGAGCUGGGAGACCUGACCGUCGCUGCUCAGGGAUCCCAAGAUGGCUACUCUCGAGCCAAAUUUCCUCAUUGGAUUUCCCAGGGGGAGGUAAGUUGUGAAACCCUGCUGUUGCGCAUCUGGAUCAUUCUCACUUCGCUUUCCAGUGGCUGCGACACGCGCGAUGUUGUGCUGAAGAGAGAUGGCACGGGCGUGGUUCAAGAUGAUAGCUGCUCUGCUAGCAGUGGGAAAUGGGUCUCCCCGUAUGAUGGAGCCACUUGGACUGCGGCCAGUGAUCUGGACAUUGACCAUGUCGUGCCCUUGUCCAAUGCCUGGAAGUCCGGUGCCUCUGAAUGGACGACGGAUGAUCGACAAGCGUUUGCCAAUGAUCUCACUCAUCCGCAGCUUUUGGCCGUCACGGACAACGUAAACUCGGCCAAGGGCGACAAGGGACCUGAAGAAUGGAAGCCUCCUCUUGCAUCGUAUUACUGCACCUAUGCGGAGAUGUGGGUGAAGGUGAAAUCGACAUACAACUUGACCGUCACGACGGAUGAAAAGUCGGCACUGGUGGACAUGCUCGAUACGUGCUAG